AUGUCACAACAAGCUCCUUCUAUCACUAAUAAUUCAGAUAAUAAAAAAAGAACAUUCGGAGAAUUCUCUUCAAUAUCAGAAGAAAACAAUAGUAGUAGUAGCACCACCACCAACACCACCACCACCACAACAAAAAAAGAACGUAAAGGACGUAAAGCACCACAUGAGUUAUUAACAGAAGCAGAAAAGAAAGCAAACCAUAUUGCUUCCGAAAAGAAACGGAGACAAAAUAUUAGGCUUGGUUUUGAUCAAUUAAUAGAGAUUGUACCUUCUUUGACUCAGGGAAAUAGAUCUGAAGCCUUUAUUUUACAAAAAUCUGUGGAUCAUAUUAAGCAAUUGAUUGAUGCUAAAAAUGAUUUAAAAACUCAAAUAAGAAAUCUUCAAACUAUGUUAGGUGAAUCUAAUUUUGAUGAAGAUUCCUCUGAAGAUGAUUUGGCUUAUUGA